AUGAAUGCGGCAGGGAGCGGCAGAGGGACUGAGAGUGGGCGCAGCCCGCCUGAGGCAGAGCGCGGCGCGGCAGGUGCGGGCGCCCGGCGCGCACCUGUCCCCGCGUGCGCUCGGCGUCCAGCAGGGGGCGGCCGGCCCGGCGCCUCGCCCGGCCCCGCCCCCGGCCCCGAGGACCCCGCGGCGGCGGGGGCGCGGGAGGGCGCGUCCAGCCCGGCCCCGGCAGGGCUCACAGGCGGCGGCGACAGCGCCCCGGCCGCCCGCUCCGCCCUCGCUCGCUGGCUCCCGCACCUCCUCCCACACCUGCGCGGGGAGCGGCGCCGCGCCGCCCCCUUCCCCGCCCGCCCGCCGCUCCGGCCGGGCCGCAGCUGCGCCGCCGCGGCGGGAGUAAAGGUCGCGCCGGCCAAGAGCGAGCUGGCCGCGGCGCCUCCAGGAAGCCGGCGGGGCAGGUCGGGGGAAAAGGACAAGAACCAGAGAAACUCCCGGUCGGCACAGAAAGAUGGCGCCAGGCGGGCCGACCGUGGACUGAGAGCCGCCGGGCCAGCGAGGAGCCGGGCCCCGCCACCCCCCGGUGCACGAGCGAGGGCCGCCCGCCAGGCACAGCGCCCCGGGCUCGGCCCGGCCCGCGGGGUCAUGUCGGUCGGCGAGCUCUACAGCCAGGCUGCUGUGUCCCCGAAUCCUUCUCAUCUUCGGAGUGAAGAGAUUGUCCUUUCUGCCUGAAUUUCUCUCUGACCCUGUCAUG